AUGGUGCGCGACCCCGCGGGCGCGUCCUGCCGCCCGCCGCCCGGCCUCCGAGUGAGCGCGCGCCCCGCCGCCGGCCGCCGCCUCACCCCGCCCCGCGCUCCCCGCCUCACGCCCCCGGGCGCCGCGCCCGCCGCCCCCGCCUCCCGCCCGCCCGGGCCGCGCUCCCCGGGGACGCGCCGGGGGCCCGGCCCGGGACCGCGAGUGGCGGCCGCGGCCGCCUCCGGCCUGGCGCGGGGCUCCGCUCGGUCCCCGCCGGCAGCCUGCUCUGCGGUCGGCCCCGGGGUCGCGCUCCAGAAGGAAGUUGCAGGGUCACCCUCCGGUCUCGGUCGCGGCCCCUCGGAGGCCCCCGAGGGCGGCGUCGGAGGUGGGGGGGGGGGUGGCGGGGCGGGGACGGACGCCGCGCGCUCCGCGUCCCGCGCCUGUGCCCCCGGAGACGCCCUCGGGCCCUCCAAGCCCUCGGCGCUCAGGGGCCGCCCCGCGCGACCCGCCGCCCAGCCGGCUCCAGGCGGGAUUCGAGUUCGGCGACAUCUCGGAGAUGGUCCAACUUUUUCAAAAAGGCAGCUGGGCGGGCUACGGAGUCCAAGCGCCUCGUUCGCGUUCCGCAAGUUCCAAGUGGGAGAGGACCUCGGGCUGCAUUUGGGGCUCCUUAAGCCCGGGCCUUUGCGACCUACUCUUGGCCCGAAAGCGCCCCCGGAGAGGGUGUUGGUUGCUUUGAGCGUUGUUUUUACCUUCUUGACUCGCGCCCGGAGGUCCGCAGGACUGUGUCCGCACUGGCCCCUGGCGUCCUGGGCCCUGGGCUGCCGCGUCCCGUGCCUCCUGGGUCUUCCCGCGCGGGGUCGCAGCCUGGGGCAGUGCUGA